AAAUCUCCUAGGGCUCAGUUCAAUUCUUCCUCAGGAGGAUUUUCUCCAUCAUCUCCUUCUUCGUAUCGUCCUUCUAAGCUUUUCUAGUCUCCACUUCUCCUCCACGUCACGACAGGUUCUCUCCGCGGAGCUCACUCUUCCUUUAACAGCUGAGGAGGAGAAAAAAAAUGUUCAGUUCGUCGCAGAUACUGCCCCUCGAGGCUCCUCCCACCGACGGGAACCUCGGUCCGCUUCCUCCGUCGCAGCUAACGGAUCAGGAAGCCGAAGAGAGAGAGCUUCAAAACAGCAGCUCGAAUCAAGCUCCUCCGGUGGAGUCGGUAGCGACUCACACGAGGACCAUCGGAAUCAUUCACCCGCCUCCGGAUAUCAGAAGCAUCGUCGAGAAGACUGCUCAGUUCGUCUCCAAGAACGGAUUGGAGUUCGAGAAGAGGAUCGUCGCUAGCAACGCCAAGAACGCGAAGUUCAACUUCUUGACCAGCUCGGAUCCUUACCACGCCUUUUACCAGCACAAGCUCGCUGAGUACCGUGCUCAGAAUCAAGAUGGAGCUCAGGGUGGUGAUGAUGGUACUGAUGGUUCAGAUGGUCAGAGUCUUCAACUUGAUGGUGGUGGUGGUGGUGAUGGUGAUGGUGAAGCAGGCGAGGGACAAGCUGAUCUUCAGGCUCAGUUUCGGGUUCCUCCUAAGCCUUUAGAACCUCCGGAGCCUGAGAAGUAUACGGUUAGACUUCCUGAAGGGAUUACAGGCGAGGAGCUUGAGUACAUUAAGCUCACGGCGCAGUUUGUGGCGCGGAAUGGGAAGUCUUUCUUGACUGGGUUGCAGAGUAGAGAGAGUAACAAUCCUCAGUUUCAUUUUAUGAAGCCGACGCAUAGCUUGUUCUCCUUUUUCACUGCUCUGGUUGAUGCGUAUUUCGAUGUGUUAAAGCCUCCGGAAGACCUGAAGGAGAAGCUGAGGAAGAGUGCUGCUGAUUUGACUACUGUUCUUGAGCGCUGUUUGCAUCGUCUUGAAUGGGAUCGUUCUCAGGAGCAGCAGAGGAAGAAGGAAGAGGACGAGAAAGAGCAGGAGAGAGUGCAGAUGGCUAUGAUUGAUUGGCAUGAUUUUGUGGUUGUUGAAUCGAUUGACUUUGCUGACGAGGAGGACGAUGAGUUGCCACCGCCUAUGACGCUCGAGGACGUCAUAAGGAGGAGCAAAGUAUCGGCAGCCAUGGAAGAAGAUGAAGUUGUGGAGCCUGGCAAGGAAGUUGAGAUGGAAAUGGAUGAGGAAGAAGUCAGGCUCGUUGCGGAAGGAAUGAGAGCAGCCAACUUGGAAGCGAAUGGUGGCUCUGUGAAGAUUGAAAGUUUGAACGAUGAGGAAGCACCAAUGAGGAUUGUUAAGAACUGGAAGAGGCCAGAAGAUAGGAUCCCGACAGAGAGAGAUCCUACUAAAGUUGUUAUAUCUCCAAUUACUGGCGAGCUGAUUCCCAUUAGCGAGAUGUCUGAGCACAUGCGGAUUUCGCUUAUUGAUCCUAAGUUCAAAGAGCAGAAGGAUCGGAUGUUUGCUAAGAUUCGUGAGACUACUCUUGCACAAGACGACGAGAUUGCUAAGAACAUAGUGGGACUUGCGCGUCUGCGUCCUGAUAUUUUCGGGACAACUGAAGAAGAAGUCUCAAAUGCUGUAAAAGCAGAGAUUGAGAAGAAGAAAGAUGAGCAGCCAACCCAAGUAAUAUGGGAUGGUCACACAGGAAGUAUAGGUCGCACAGCAAACCAAGCCUUGGCUCAGAAUGCUAAUGGAGAGGAGCAAUACGGAGAUCCAAACAGCUUCCCUGGUCCAGCUGCACUACCUCCUCCUCGACCAGGUGUCCCAAUAGUCCGGCCAUUGCCACCACCUCCUAAUCUCGCCUUGAACCUCCCUCGUCCUCCCCCGUCUGUUCAGUACCCUGGUCCGCCCAGGCCAUUAGGUGUUCCAAUGAUGCAACCCAUGCAUCCACAACACCAGCUCUCGAUGCCUGGGCCACCUGGACACCAGCAGAUGAUGAUGAACCGGCCUCCACCAAUGCAGCAUGGCAUGCCUGUGCCACCUCCACCGGGAUCACAGUUUGCUCAUCAUCAAGUUCCAAGACCUUAUGGUCAGCUUCCACCACCUAUGCAUGGGAUGAUGCAACCACCACCUAUGCAUGGGAUGCCGCCUCCUCCACCACAUGAGGAGGCACCACCGCCUCUUCCUGAGGAGCCAGAGCCUAAGAGACAAAAAUUCGACGAGUCAGCUCUCGUUCCAGAAGAACAGUUCCUUGCUCAGCAUCCGGGUGCUGCUACAAUCAGGGUCUCUGUUCCAAACGUGGAUGAUGGGCAAGUCAUUGAGAUCACAGUGCAGUCAUUAUCAGAAAACGUGGGAAGUUUGAAAGAGAAGAUAGCCGGUGAAACACAAAUCCCAGCAAACAAACAGAAGUUGAGUGGAAAAGCUGGGUUCUUAAAGGACAACAUGUCGCUUGCACAUUACAAUGUCGGAGCAGGUGAAAUCUUAACACUGUCUUUGAGAGAGCGUGGUGGGAGAAAGAGAUAGAGAGUCAGCUGGUGGAUGCAGAGAAAUGCAUUUGGUUUCUUCUUUAGAUGUUUUCAAAACUUGGUGGCCAAAACUAUUUGUACUGCUAUCUUUUUUACUCUUGGCCCAUCGCAUCUAGUAUCUAUUGAAGUUUUAGAUUGAAAAAAAAAAGAAUAUCACUGAGUUAAGUUUGUGUCGGAUCUGCAAGCAACGUUUUGGAUAACUCAUCUUUACUAUAUGAUACUCUGUUUUGCCUUUGUC